AUAUGCCCCUCGGCAGUUUUAUAUAAAACGCCUUGGUAGAGUAACUCUGUAUCAUGUCUUCCACGAUGUUCGCUCCGACUGUACUGUUCCUCCUGGUGGUGGUAGCCAGCUGCUACUCGAAGAGCGAUGAGCAGAACCUGGCCAAGGCCAACAACGAAUUCUGCGUCAGCCUCCUCAAGCAGCUUACUUCCGAGAAAACCCAUGACAACGUCUUCUUUUCUCCAACCAGCAUCUCCACAGCCCUCGCCAUGAUCUACGCUGGAGCCGGCGGAUUAUCCAAAAAAGAGCUAUCCAAAGUUCUGGGCCAGGCCAGGUUUGGACUCACCGACCGGAACACCGUGAUAGCAGCUUACAAGAAACUACUGGCCGGCACCAACUCUGGAAACGUCACCCUAGACAUCGCCAACUUCGUCUUGAUUGAGAACAGGCUUCCCGUUCUGGAUAGCUUCAAGAAGACUCUGACGGAAUCUUUCGGUGCGGAGCUGAGAUCCGUCAACUUUGCCAACGAUGGUCCGAGGGUGCAGUCCCAAGUUAACGAGUGGGUGAGGCAGAAGACCGGUGGAAAGAUUCUGAGCAUGGUCGAUGACGGCUUUCCGAUGAACACCGCGAUGCUCCUCUUGAACGCUGUCUACUUCAAUGCUACCUGGCACGACCAGUUUCCGGAAAAGAACACCGUCCCGCGAUCGUUCUUCAAUCGAGGCAGCGAAGAGGUCCACGUCAAGACCAUGGCUUUCAAGGGCCCAAUCCGUCACACAAGCCUGGACGGCCUCAAGGCUCAAGCUGUGGAACUUCCAUACCAGGGUGAAGAGUACAGCAUGGUCAUCGUGCUUCCCAACGCCAAGAUGGGUUUGUCUCAGCUUCGAGAAGGUCUCACUGUCUCGAUGCUUCAGAAGAUUACCAACCAGAUGUCUGCUAAAACGGUGAGCCUCACGCUGCCGAAAUUCGAGUUGCAGACCAACUACGACCUGAUACCGACCCUGAAACAAAUGGGACUGAAGUCUGUGUUCGAUGAAAAGUCUGACUUCUCGGGGAUAACCGGAGACAAGUCGCUGUCUGUUUCCGGUGUGAGGCACAAGGCUAUGGUCGAGGUGAACGAAAAGGGCACAGUCGCUGCGGCUGUGACGUCAAUUUCCAUGAGGAUGGGAUCGUCGCUUGCUUCCAGGAUUGUGAACUUCCACGUCGAUCGUCCGUUCCUGUUCUACAUUAGGAACAGGGCGACCGGACGCCUUCUCUUUAUGGGAGAGGUGCACCAGUUGCAAGCUUGAGAACGUGAGAAAAUAAGACUAAUACACAUUAUUAUGUCUGUAUAUUUUUGGAAUAUCUAAUAAAAAGAACAUGCAUAACGAUCAUUCAAAACAAUCAAUAAAAUGUGAGUUUCA